UAUGAAGCUACUUCCGUUAAGUGUGAACGAUACCUAACGCUUGUAUCCUACUAGAAUCAUCUCGAAUACUAUUUACAGGUUAUUGAAGUAACUUUGCUCAAGCACAGUGACUGAAAUUUUAAGAAACUGAAAAGUUAUAACGUGGGUUUAUAAAAAUGCAACCUCAAAUAAUUUUACUUAAAGAAGGCACAGAUGCAUCACAAGGAAAACAACAGCUAAUAUCAAAUAUAAAUGCAUGCCAAAUAGUAGUAGAUGCUGUCAGAACUACUUUAGGUCCUCGAGGGAUGGAUAAACUUAUUGUUGAUCAAAAUGGAAAAGCAACUAUUUCCAACGAUGGUGCAACCAUUUUAAAACUACUGGAAAUUGUUCAUCCUGCAGCAAAGACCCUAGUUGAUAUUGCAAAGUCUCAAGAUGCAGAGGUAGGUGAUGGUACUACGAGUGUAGUUUUAUUAGCAGGAGAAUUCUUGAAACAAAUGAAACCGUUUAUUGAAGAAGGAGUACAUCCACGUAUAAUGAUUAAAGCUCUUCGUCUUGCACUUCAAGUAGCAAUUGAAAAAAUAAAUGCAGUAAGUGUAAAGAUAGAUAAGUCUGACCAAACAAAACUAGUGGAACUUUUAGAAGAGUGUGCAGCUACAUCUAUGAGUUCAAAAUUAAUUCAUCAGCAAAAAGAGUUUUUCAGUCGUAUGGUUGUAAAAGCUGUCAUGAUGCUUGAUGAGAUGUUACCUCUCAAUAUGAUUGGUAUUAAAAAGGUUUCUGGUGGAGCAUUGGAAGAUUCAGAAUUGAUUAAAGGUGUAGCUUUUAAGAAAACAUUCUCUUAUGCUGGAUUUGAAAUGCAACCUAAGAAAUAUCAAGAUUGUAAAAUCGCUCUAUUAAAUAUAGAAUUAGAACUUAAAGCAGAAAGAGACAAUGCUGAAAUACGUGUGGAUAAUGUUAUGGAAUAUCAAAAAAUAGUUGAUGCUGAAUGGCAAAUUUUAUAUGACAAGCUUGACAAGAUUCACAAGAGUGGAGCACAAGUAGUAUUAUCGAAAUUACCAAUCGGUGAUGUCGCUACGCAAUAUUUCGCAGAUCGGGACAUGUUCUGCGCAGGUAGAGUUCCUGAAGAGGAUUUAAAAAGGACAAUGAAAGCAUGUGGUGGAAGUAUUCUGACAACUGUACAUGGCAUCAAAGAAUCAGAUCUUGGUAGAUGUGAAAUGUUUGAAGAAAGACAAAUUGGAGGAGAAAGAUUUAAUUUCUUCUAUGAAGGAUCACGUGCUAAAACGUGUACAUUUAUACUUCGCGGAGGAGCAGAACAAUUUUUAGAAGAAACGGAAAGAUCUUUGCAUGAUGCUAUCAUGGUUGUUAGACGUUUGUUUAAAACAAAUGCCUAUGUAGCUGGUGGUGGAGCUAUUGAGAUGGAACUGUCGAAAACGUUACGAGAUUAUUCCCGUGUAAUAGCAGGAAAAGAACAACUUUUAAUUGGAGCAAUAGCUCGUGCACUUGAGGUUAUUCCAAGACAACUAUGUGAUAACGCUGGUUUUGAUGCAACAAAUAUUUUGAACAAAUUGCGACAGAAACAACAUAAAGGCAUGCAUACGUAUGGUGUUGAUAUCAACACCGAAGACAUUGGUGAUAAUAUGUUAGCUUAUGUGUGGGAACCUGCUGUAGUAAAAAUUAAUGCCUUAACAGCUGCAACUGAAGCAGCAUGUCUUAUUUUAUCUGUUGAUGAAACUAUAAAAAACCCCAAAAGUAGUCAGGAUAAUGGACCACAUGCUCCAAUGGGUCGUGGCAUGGGAAGACCAAUGUAAUAAUAAAUCGCUUUAUUAACUUAAAGAAAAAACAUGUGCUAAUGUAUUGCAACAAUUCGCUUAUAUCAUUACAAAUUAUUCAACACAAUUUUUACAUACUUCUUUUCUAUAUUAUAAUAUAAAAUAAAAUAAAUUUCAACGUCUUGUUUCGGAAAUAGUUAAAUAUUUUAUCGCAAAAAUAUUUUAUCACAAUCAGGAUAAUAUAGUAACAUAAUAUUAUGUUUAUCAUGUUUUACAUAUAUACGUACAACCCACGUACAACCCGUAAUACCCACUUUUCAUUUAUAAAAUUGUAACUUAUUGAUUUAAUUGCGAAAUUUAAUAUUAAAAGGAAAAAUUCUUUGUACGCUUCGCAAAAAAUUAAAAGGACAUGAAAAUAUCGUCAUUACAUUAUUGACCUUAUAAAUGUUAACAUCAACGGUAACGGUAACUACUGCUUAUUUGUUAUUAAAUUUCGCCAUCAUCGUAUCACGAAAUUCGUAAGGUCUCGAUUUAGUUUUAAUGUAAUAUUUUACAUUUGCUUACUAUUUUUAAUAAAAAGCAUUUCCUGUUUCACAAGUUUAA